GAUGGAGUGGGUGCUAAAAUAGCUGAGAAGAUAGAUGAGUUCUUAUCCACUGGAAAACUACGCAAAUUGGAAAAGAUUCGACAAGAUGAUACAAGCGCAUCUAUCAAUUUCCUGACACGAGUUACUGGCAUUGGUCCUGCUGCUGCUAGGAAGUUUGUUGAGGAAGGAAUUAAGACUUUAGAAGAUCUAAGGAAAAAUGAGCACAAGCUGACACAUCACCAGCGAAUUGGGUUGAAAUACUUUGAAGACUUUGAGAAAAGAAUCCCGAGGGAAGAAAUGCUGCAAAUGCAGGAAAUUGUGCUGAAGGAGGUAAAUAAGCUGGACCCAAACUAUAUUGCUACAGUCUGUGGCAGUUUUAGACGAGGCGCAGAGUCAAGUGGCGAUAUGGAUGUUCUCCUAACCCAUCCAAGUUUCACAUCUGAGUCAUCCAAACAGUCAAAACUUCUGCGUCAAGUUGUAGAACAACUGGAAAAAGUCCACUUUGUCACAGAUAUGCUGUCUAAAGGUGACACCAAAUUCAUGGGUGUCUGUCAGCUGCCAAAUAAAGAAGAUGGAACAGCCUAUCCACAUAGGAGAAUUGAUAUCCGGCUUAUCCCCAAAGAUCAGUAUUACUGUGGUGUACUGUAUUUCACAGGAAGCGAUAUAUUCAAUAAGAACAUGAGAACUCGUGCUCUGGAAAUGGGCUUCACGAUCAAUGAGUAUACGAUCCGUCCCUUGGGUGUCACUGGUCAGUCUGGGCCUUUACACAGAGCAUUCUUUCUAGUUACAUCUAGUUACAUGUGA